AACAUAUUUUUGUCUCAUCAAUAUGCAAGGCGGAACAAAGAUCACAAAAACUCCCUUUACAAAUUCAUCAUUCGAGACAGGAAAACCACGGAUUGAAACAAGAAGAUAAACAGUAUGAAAUUGAAGGAAAUACAAACACAUAUAAAACGGGGCAAAGAGGCGCAAAACAUUAGAAACAAUUCAAAACUCACGAACUCACAAACAACAAAGGUAGUUGCAUGUUUGACAUGAGUCAAAAGGGUUGAAGUUCCACAUAAGUCAGUCACUUUCCUCUCUCUCUCUAUGUGAUUUUUGUCUUUCCCCGCAACCACCACUGAUCGUAUUCUGAACAGAAGCAAACAGUGAUGGAGAAAUCAAGAAUGUGAGGAAAGUUUGUGUCAGAAACCCAACUGACCCACUUAGAGAGAACCUUCGAUUUCUCCGAGAGAGAGAGAGAGACCAAACACUUUUAGCACUGUUUCUUCUUCCGACAACCAUGAAUCCUAGUAAAGUUGAAGCAGAAGAUCUAUUCCACCAUCACUUGGACCCGCAACAUCACCAAAUCUUGGAUCAAUCACAGCCGUCAAUUCUUCACCAGGACGAUGAAGAACCGUUCUUUUCUGAUAUCGGUUUUUUCCGCGACGAAGAUGACGAUGCUGCCAGCCAUAGUUCCUCCGACCCCGAUCAACAUCAGCUAAUUCAGUCGUCGCUACCUCAUUUGGACCAGCAAAACGGCAUCGUUUCUGCAAACCCUAACCCUAACCCUAAUUUGGGUUUGGGAAAGUCCGGCGAUAAAAAUAAGGCGGAGAAACGCCACCGGCAUACGGCUGGUGCAUCGGCGGCGGCGUAUAUAAACCCGGAACCCCACAUUUCAUCUCAAUUCUACACAUUCAACAAGGAAUCCCAUGCGCUGAUGAUACGCUGCCUCCUUGAGGGUCGCGUCGCCACGCCGGAGGAAAUUCGAUCUGUCACGCCGGCGUCGGUGCUCCAGAGCUGGCGCGUGGUGUGGAAGGACCGGAAUGAGGACACAGCGUAUCUCACGGCCUGGAAGCGGAUACAGGACAAGCUCGUUGUGAGUAUCGACCCCGUGAAUGGUAAUGAAUUACUGUGUUUCAAGAAUAAUUCGAGUCAAUUUGUUUCCCAUGUUGAUCAAUGGCAUGAUAUAGUCACGAGCUUUCACCGUGACGCUGAUUUAAAACACUUAGGUCUCAAAGAAACUAUAGAAAAAAUCAAGCAGGUUUGGACUGUAGGUGCUAAAUUUUAUGGCAUACCUGAGAGUUAUAUUAGGGUCUGUGUUGAGGUGUGUCCCGUGUGCUCUGAGUCUGCGCCACGUACUAAGAGGCGUAGGUUCGAGUAUACUGAAUCAUUCUAUGUACCAGCAAAGGAAGUGCCCGUUAGAUUACAGCAAUUAGCUGCCAAGUAUAAAGUGGUGUUGUGUAUUAGACAGAAAUAUAUAAGGUAUAAGCCAUUUAUGGCUGAGGUUAAAGAUUACGCGUGUCAUCGAGCAGGAGAGCCUGCAUCCUCGAAGAAAUCGAGGAUUUUAAAGAGGGAGCCUUACGCGUCAAAACGGUGUGGGUGUGGGUUUCGUAUCAGGGCGAUAGUUCCAAUAUCGAAUUAUAAUGAGAAGGAUAAGACAUUUGUCUAUCAGGAGGAAGGGACAGCAGUCUUUAAGUUGUAUGCGGUGCACUCGGGGCAUGAACCUGGCCCUUUGGAUGGGAAUGCAAGGAUAAUGCAUCGAGUUGUUGGGCAUAAAGGAGGGUUCUUGAUGGAUCAGGAAACAGUGUAUGGGAUGGGUGAUGAAGCAGAAAAUGAAGACUUUGGGUUCCUUGGGAAGGAUGGUGGGGAUCUGCAACAUUCGAUUUUGCAGCAAAUGCAGGAAGCAAGGAAUGAGAUUGGGCUACUUGAGGGCCAGAUCGGGAAAGUUCCUCAUGAGUUAUUGUGCUCUGUGUCGCGUGAACUGUUUGAUUUUGUGAAUAAGCUUAGGAAUGUGAGAGAAUAUGGAUCCAAGUCAGUUGGAUUGCUCUCAGAUAAGCCGAUAUCGGAUGAUCUCUUGGUUGGGGAAAAUGAUUUGGCAGAUUGGGGCGCUCAUCAUCAUCAUCAUCGCAUUUAUGAGGAUGGCAAGGAUGCAGAGCUCAUCGAGGAAGAUGAAGACAGCUUCGGGAGGACACUUGGGGAGGUUGCAUCUUGGGAUCAGAUAAGGUCAGGUUGUAGGAACGAGAAGGAUCUACUGGGUGAGUCUUGUAAAUCAGAGAAACCAGUGGAAUGCAAUGAGUUUGAUCAGAAGCGCAUUCUUGAGUGUGGGAAUUCUAAACUGACCAAGCCCUUAAGGCAUGAUGAGAGUAUAGAUACAGAUGUAGGUUUCGUUGUAGAGAACUUCUAUCCAGAGAACCCUAAAUGGUUUGAUUCGCCCUGUGAACUGGACUCCGGCACAGACUGUGGCGACAGUGGAUUCAAGCCUGGGGAGAUUGUUUAGAGAUCUUACAGCUGGUGGCAAAAGCUUCUAGUUGGAGGUGGCAAUUUGGAACUCUUAACUAUUGUUGAUGUACGAAUGAUGGCUUAUUUCUAUGGCUUCUGAGUGAGAUUGAACAGAGAUACAUGAAAUGAUUCUAUUCAGUGGUUUGAAAAUUAUCAUGUAGAUAGAUAUCCUUAGUAACUCAACAAGCUAAUCAACUUAUCUUGAUGCGGGAAAAGAAAAAAGAAGACAAGGAGAUCAAUCUAGCUUAUUUUGGUUCGUUUUGGACAAUGUCUAGUUUGACCUGUUGGCUCUAAAAUCUAUGUCCUAUUUUCAGAAACAAGGAAAAUUUGGAGAAGAUGAGACUGUGUAAUGCUCAUUUAAUUCAAAUGGUUGCAUAUCCUGAUCCCAUAUAUCUUACUUAUGUGUUAUGACACAAUAAUAACAGGUAUAUGCAACCUCGUUGAUAUUUUGAGAAUCAAUAAAAUUAAUCCAAUUUAAGUUUGAACUCUUUAUUUUUUGAAAGAUAAAUCUCAACCUAAGUACAGAAUAUUUAGAAUUGUGUCUACUAAUUUGAAUUCAAUUGUUAUCAAUGAAGCGACCUGUUUUGACUGUGUACUAAAAUCACCAGGAUUUUUCUAGGAAAGUUUUGGCAAAAUUAAAUGCUGUCAAUCUUUAAAUUUUACGCACAUUUUUGGAUUUUCUAUUAAGCCUUUAAUAAUACUAACGAUCAAAUCUAUGAAUUGUAUCAAUCUGUGAAUAUAUGAUUUGUCAAAUAACUAUAAUGAGUUGUGAUGGUGUCAUUGAGGUUCUUUUUCCAUUGGUGCUAGAGAGAAUUUUGUUGGCUGCUUGUAAUAAAAAACCUUUCCAGUCAUCUCCCUUGAGUUAGUUCAGAUUUGCUUUUGUUUGAAAAUGAAAACAACAGAUCUUCCUAUUAAAAUUGUAUUUGCUUAAGAAAAAUACAAUCAAUUUGUUCAUACUAUUGAGCAUAAGUUGCUAUGUUUAGCUUUGAGUUCUGAAAGCAGUCAUGAGGAGAGAACCUCUUAAGCUAGCAGCAAACAUUGGAAAAAGUGUGAAGGUUUAUUGUUGAAGAACUAGUUCGUGACGAUUAUCUUGAUGUGGACAUGUAAUUGAGGAAUAGAAAUCUCACAGGAACUUGUCAUUGUCUGUUAGUUUCAGUUCAACUAUAAUUGUUGUCCUCACAUAUAUCUGUAAUGGUUUCUUUUUUUCUUUUACUUGUCUGUAGUAUCUGAGAAUGAAAAUAAUGGGUAAAAGGCAAUUGAAGUUCAUUUAAGAUUCCUUUGGAUGUGUUUUGACAGCUCCCUUGCGUACAAACAGCUUAUGGAAGUUUAUCUCUCAUUACAUUACUUUCCUUUUUCUUUUUCUAUUUGAAUUGUCAGAAUAGCUACUGUUUGGUCGUAGAACAAUGUAUCUGUAUGUCUAAAGAAAGCUGAUGUAUGCUCCUGCUGCUUUAGGGAUAAAAUUCACUUCUUGAUUGUUAUUUUCCCUUUAGCAGACCUUGUUACCUGUGAGGCGUUUCCCCACUUAUCAGUAAUUUUAUUGAUCCUGCUCCACAUAUCCACAUAUGACAUACCUAACGAAGGCUAAAGUUAAGAUGCACGUACAUUUGUCCUCUUGGCAAAAACAUAAGGAAGGCCUUAUUAAUCAUUAACCUAUUGGAGCUUCUUUGGAUCUCAAUGCCCUUCAUCAACAAGUAUUUGUAUCUUCUGUAACUCUUAUAAGUACUUGUGAUUUGGUUGACAAGUUUAACAGUUAACUCAUGAAACUAGAAUCAAAAUAAAUCUUUCUCCCUGCUUUCUCAAAAAAAAAAAUGUUUCUCCCUGCUUGUGUUUUUUUUUCCUUCAAGUUAUGGCUCGUCCUGUUAGGUUUUCCAUGUGUCUAAAAAUCUACUUUAUUUAUAAAAAGAAUUUAUGUGUCUAGUUGAGUUGGUUUUGUUAUCCUAAGCCUAGAAUAAAUAGCCCAUUAUGGAUCUUGGAAAUUGGACAAGCUAGUUUUUCUGGUUCUGGGUUAUUUUGAGGAAAGUAUAAGAUGUUCAAUGAGUUAUAUGGCUACCUCCCAUAUGGAAGCCGGCACAAACUGACUGCAAGAACGUCGAUUGCACAAUGU